GUCAACCGGUUACGCGCUUCCUAAACAAACUCAAGUUGUUCAGGUAAACUGCUUCAUAUAUAUCAGACUCAGAGGAGGAUAUAAUGCAGAAACUUUGCGUUUUUGGAUAAUUAGGAAAAUCUACAUCUCCCCUUUUGGCUCCUGACAGCGAGAGAGAGAGGUAAAGGCCCAGUGUACAUGCGGCCGCACCCAUGGCCUCAUCCUCCGAGGUGAACGUCCACGUGGAGGAGGUGGUGGUGGUGACGACACCGGACGGCUCAGACCCGAGUUCUUCGGGAGAAGAGGUGAAGAACAUGCUGGAGACCGCAGCCCUGGAACAGGCAGAGGUGGACAUUAUAGAGCAGAGCUUGGAGUCUGAAUCCAGUCCCACCACCAUCUCCCUGUCUAAGGAGGCAGUUCUUGUGAAGCUUUCAGAAGACGUGGAUGUGGAGGCUGACAUUCUAUACCAAAUAACCUGUGGUGACAGCAAGGCUGACCUUGUGUGGAAAAAAUUUGUCUGCCCUGGCAUCAAUGUCAAAUGUGUACAGUUCAAUGAUCACCUGAUCAGUCCAAAAGAGUUUGUCUACCUGGCUGGAAAAUCCACUCUGAAAGACUGGAAGAGGGCGAUUCGCCUCAACGGGACCAUGUUAAGGAAGAUCAUGGACUCCGGGGAGCUUGACUUCUACCAGCACUCCAAGCUGUGCUCCAACACCUGUCGCAGCACAAAGAUCGACCUGGUGGGGACGCGAGCGUCUCUCAGCAGCCAGCAGUCCACCGAGACUGUGCCAGCAACACCGUCUUCAGCUGAUGUCAAUGGAUCUCCAGCUACAUUCUCUACAGAAGAUGACAGUACAGAAUGGGUUACGGCUAUAGGGGAGGACACCAUGACAUUCUGGAGAGGUCUGAAGGACAUGGGGUUGCUGGAUGACAUCAUGGAGGAUCUGCAGAAAGAGAUUGAGGAAAUCCUCAAAGGCAUGCAUGAACGUAUCCAAGAAUCCCCACUGCAGGUCAAAGAUGCUGCUUUGCUCAACAACAUUGUGCAGAACUUUGGCAUGCUGGAUCUGGUGAAGAAGGUUCUGGCCAGCCACAAGAGCGAAAUGGAUCGCUGCAGGGAACAGUACACCCGGAGCUUAGUUGCUCUGGAGCAGCAGUGCGAUGAGCACCGCAAACGUGCGAAGGAACUGAAGAGCAAAUCUCAGCACCUCAACAACGUCCUCAUGACCCUGACCCCCGUGGCCACGCCGCCGUCUUCCAAACGACCCCGCCUGACCCGGGCUGUCUCUGGCCCCGCCUCUGUCACAGCAGCUCUGCCCACCCAGUUUACUCUGCCCGUCACUCAGCUCACAGGAUUCCCUCUGGAUAAAAUCCUGUCAGCCGUCGGGACCCCUGUCCCAGCACAGACGCCCCUGUUCGGUGGCUACACAGUGCUAACGUCCCCAGGUGGGACAGAACUGCAGCCUGACUCCAACCUGACUGUCCUGAGCUCCGCUGCGGUUCAGGAGGGGCCAGGGGGACCUGCCAUUGUUAAAGUGGUCAGCCCCUUUCAGCUGGUCACUCUGCCUACGCUGCAGAACCUGGCCGCACCAGCAGGGGGAGCUGCAGGCAGCACUGUAGUGGCGCUGCCUGUGAGUGCAGCUGCAGUAGAGACUGUAGGGGCUCAAGCAGAAGAGACAGCAGAGAACUCAGAAGAGCAGCCCGGAGACAAGCAGUGAGAGUCCGUUAAAGUAGAGGUGAUAUUCCAACUAAGAAGAAUCAAUAUCCAUAAUGAGAAAAUGUUUUUUAGUGUAACAUUGAGAACAUUGAGAUGCAGAUAUAGAAGAAAUCUCACACUGCUUACAGUUUGCUGGGACUGAUAAAACGAUUCUAUGAAAGCGCUUCUAACAAACUUGAACUCGUCAGUCUGCACAGUCCGUCAUUGUUUCUGGAAUGUUUUUGUUCCCAAAUAAACUCUUUGUUUAAAAUGCUUUUUUAAAAAAAACAGCUGCACUUUAGAUUGUAUUUCAUGUGAAUGGAUCAAAACCAAACUUUUUUAUUGAUUGUACAUAUAUCGCUGCUGUCGGAAGAAAACCCAUAUCUCCAUUUUUGUCGUUUUUCAGUUUUUUCCAUAAUUUUCAUAAUUUGAAAAUGCCUCUUGCCGUUUAUAUUGUGUGUAAAUUUCAUGAAGA